AUGGUUAACACUGAUAUAAUAAGAACUGUCAUUGGAAUAAUCGGAAAUGCCAUCUCAUUUUGUUUAUUCAUGUCCCCCUUGCCUACAUUUAUAAAAAUAUGGAAAGCAAAAUCAGUGCAAGAUUUCAAACCAGAUCCAUAUGUGGUAACAAUCCUUAAUUGUGCAAUGUGGACAUUCUAUGGAAUGCCCUUCAUAACUGAAAGCAACACUCUUGUCAUCACAAUUAAUGGCUUUGGUUUCUUCCUUGAGAUUGUCUACACUUCCAUUUUCUUCGCAUACUCAAACGGGAGUAAGCGUAAGAAGAUCUUGUUGGCCCUUCUUGUCGAAGUUAUCUUCCUUGCGGUGGUGAUAGUUAUUGUCAUGCAUUUUAUUAACAACCAAAAGGACAGAAGGUUGGUUGUUGGAUUUAUAUGCAUAAUCUUCAACAUCCUUAUGUACUUUUCACCCUUAACUGUCAUGAGACAAGUCAUUAGAACAAAAAGUGUGAAGUAUAUGCCAUUCUUACUUUCACUUGCCAACUUCCUCAAUGGAGGUGUUUGGACAACUUAUGCACUUCUUAAAUGGGAUCCAUUCAUAGCGGUUCCUAAUGGCUUGGGAGCACUUUCUGGAUUGGCUCAGCUCAUCCUUUAUGGAGUUUACUAUCGAACAACGAAGUGGGACGAAGACGCGCCGUCUAAUAUCAACAUGGUAUGA